AUGGGAGGAAAAUUAAGCCUAUUCGAUGUAUGUAAAGGUAUCACAAAAACUUGCAAGCCAAGAUCUACAGAGCCUAAUUCUCCAGCCCUCAUGCUAUGUGCAUCAGGGCCAUCAGCUGACCAGAUACUAAACCCGAGUGGUUAUAGAUAUUUUGAUGACGAAGAAGAAGAUUUUUAUGACAGUCUUCUAGCUAAAGAAGAAAAAAUCCACAAUGAAGUCAUAGCCCCAAAACAUGUACAAACAAGCGAAAUUUUGGGGCAGGGCAGCUUUGGAAGAGUUUUGUUUGGAGCAAACAUGGAUACUGGACAACUCAUGGCAAUAAAACAAAUUCCUAUCAUAGGUUUCUCAUAUGAGACUGCUCAUGAGCACUUUAAAGAAAUUCACGAAGAAGUGGAAAUUUUAUGUCUAAUUAGAUUAAUUGGCUUUAGAUUAAUAAAUUGUCUUUUAAUUAUUAAAGUACUGGCUCCCAAAACAUUAAUAACAUUUAGGUAUAAGUGGGCUUAGACAUAAAAAUAUUGUCGGAUAUCUUGGUAUAAAUAGGGACGAACAAUUUUUGAAUAUUUAUCUAGAAUAUGUAGCUGGUGGAUCUAUAGCUUCACUGCUGAAUAAGUAUGGGAAAUUUAACGAAACUCUUAUUAGAGUGUAUACCAAACAAAUUUUGGAAGGGCUUGAAUACUUGCAUUAUCAUAAGAUUAUACAUAGGGAUAUUAAAGGUGCAAAUGUAUUAGUAACAAAUGAUGGAGUCUGUAAAUUAUCUGAUUUCGGUGCUUCUAAGCGAAUUAUUGGGUUAAUUGACCAAACACAAUUUAAAUCCUUACUCCCCCCUCCAUGAGUGAAAAAAAAGUUUGUUCACUCACGGAGGGGGAUUAAAUUUUUUUUUAAAAAAAAUUUAUGCCAAAGUUUAUAGAAAAAUUUUUGUUUGAAAUUAAAAAAAUCCUAAUUUGCAAAAAUUGGAAAGCAAAUAUUAUUUUAAUUUGUAAAAUUUAUGUUUUAAAAUGAAAUUUGUUUAAAAUUAAACAGAAUUAGCUCGAGAUUUCAUUAUAAUAAUUAUCAUUUAUAUAUCAUUUUUUUUUUUUUCAUAAAACUUUUUUUCUAUUAAAAAAAAUUUUUGUUCACUCACGAAGGGGUUUUUUUUGGCAAAAAAAAGGAUUUUUCCAAUGUUUUUUGUUCACUCACGGAGGGGGGAGUUAAGAGGAACUGUUAACUGAAUGGCACCAGAAGUUAUGAAAGAAGAAGGCCACGGAAGAUAUGCCGACAUCUGAAGCCUCGGCUGCUUAGUUGUUGAAAUGGCGACUGGAAAACCACCUUGGUAUUAUAAAACAAACCCAAUAGCUGUAUUAAUGCAUGUCUGCACCACAAAUACUCUUCCAGAGUUGCCGCCUGAAUUAUCAGAUGCAGCCAAAGAUUUUGUGUAUUCUUGCUUCAGAAGAAAUCCAUGUGAAAGGCUAAAUGUCCACAAACUACUAAAUCAUCCUUUUGUGCAGGGAAUUAUAAUUAUUCCUCAUUUUAUCAGCUAUCAUCAAGCUGAAGAAGUCGUUUUUGGGUCUGGAAGCACGAAAUUUACCUCUGAAGAAAAAGGAGUUUUUCUUUCAGGAAGUCUCGCAAACAGUACGUUUAGAGAAGAAAGCAAAGAAGAGGAAACACCGAAAAGGUUGUCAGACGAAAUCAAUGAUACCAGCCUUGAUCCUUCACAUAAUGUCAAAGCGCCUUUUGGGAAUAUCAUCACUAUUAAGAAGUUUACUGCAGCUCCUGAAGGUCAGGACGAAGAAAUAAUACUUACUCCUUCCUUAGCAAAUCAAAAGGAAUUAAAAUAUACAAAAAAUAAUUAUAUAAAGUUUCCAAUAAAAGCAAAACAUAAUCAGAUGGGAGUUAGAAGACCUAGCACUUUGAGUGAGGAAAAUGAAGAGGGCUCAGAAGAGGAGGAAGAUGAAGAAGAAGAAGAGGAAGAGGAAGAAGAAGAAGAAGAGGAAGAGGAAGAAAUAGGAAACCAAAACAAAAUUGAAAGCCAGAAAAGUGAAGAUAAAACUCAUGUAUCUACUAGCUCAAAUAUCAUUCCAAACCACAUGAGCAAAUGCAACGAAAACUUAGAGAUAAAAAUGUCUUUUCCAGCAAAAGAAGUGGAUGUAUAA